AUGAAGUUCCUCACACAAGCUAGAGAUAAAUUGAAGAAAUGGAGAGAAGACAACACAAGGAACAGCAUUGAGACUGUUGAGCUUGGACAGUAUUUGCUGGAUAAUUAUCGCCGAAAACUUGGGGAUGAAGUGUGGACUAUCUACGAACAAGUCUGCAUAGCAGCGCUGGACUGUGGGGACCAAGACUUAGCAUCAGACAUCAUUGAUACAAUAGAGCAGAACUUUCCAAGUAGUAUAAGAGGCAAGAGGUUAGAAGGUCUACAAUAUGAGAGCCUUGGAGAGUAUGAAGCUGCAAAAGAGCACUAUGAGGAUCUAUUAAAGGAAGACCCAUCAAAUGCUAUGGUGAGGAAGAGGUUGAUUGCACUCUUAAAAGGACAGAAUCGUAUAGGUGAAGCUAUCAAGGAAUUAAAUUCAUAUCUACAAAAGUUUAUGAGUGACCAUGAAGCAUGGAUGGAGUUAGCAGAUAUGUACAUAUCAGAACAAAAUUACAGUAAAGCAAGUUUUUGUUUUGAAGAGCUCAUCAUAUCCAAUCCACACAAUCAUUUAUACCAUCAGAAAUAUGCAGAGAUUCAGUAUACACAAGGUGGAACCGAAUGUAUGGAGAUUGCUAGGAAGUACUUUGCCCAUGCUGUCAAAUUGAAUGGAAACAACAUGAGAGCACUAUAUGGCAUGUUUAUGGCUGCUACCAAUAUUGCUUCAUCACCAAAGGCCUCAGGAAAAGUUAAAAAAGACAACAUGAAAUAUGCAGCUUGGGCAGCCCAGCAGAUUGCUUACAAAUAUAAGGUUGCACAAGGUAAGGACACCGGGAGUAAUAUGCAACAUUUGGAAAAGAUGCUGGACUGUUUACAGAUAACACCUGCACCAUAACGAAAAUAGUGGGGUGUACCACAUAAAUUUUUAGGUAUAAAUCAGAGACAUUUGAUCAAGGUGCUAUGUAACGAAGGAAGUGCUCAUUUCUUUGAGGAGGAUCAGUGUAUUGCAAAUGGAAUCAUGAAAGAGUCGGUGAGGGAACGUGACAUCGGGGUUGUACAUACAUUCGAAAGGCACCGCAAUCUACUGGAUUCUUCAAUAGGCAACGAGGCUGAGGAUCUCGAAUAGGUCUGGAGAGCAUUCCGUCUACAUUUGUGCUCUUACAACUUUCCUUGAUUGGCUUAGAACUGAGGAGCACAGGUGUCGUCUGACUGUAACUAUGGUAACUGUCGGAUAAAAACAGUCUCGGUGGAUAAACAUCUUACAUGCUUUUUCUGAAACGAUCCCUUGAUGGGUCUUUAAAGUUAAUGCUGGAAUAUCAGGAAGAUAACACCACGUGCAUUGAGGUCUGGGGCCCCUAGCACAACGAGUUGUGAUCAGACCAACUCCAAAAGUUAAACACAACAUGAUUUUCAACCACUGAAACACAUGUGGAUGGGACUUGUGCUUGACUCUGAUUGGUUGCUUUGAAACAACUCUUUCUGCAACGGGGCCCUGACUCCUAUUUUAUUGAAGAGUUACAAGAAGAGUUACUUCACCAAUUAUGGCAAGUACCAUGAAAAUGGGGCUCAGCAUCCAAUCGCAAUCAAGGUUUCCAUGAAAGUUGCAAUAAUGGAAAAGUAACUAUAGUUGGUAACUCUUUAUAUGAGCCAUUGAAUCACUUCCAUUGGAUGCGACUCUAUCAGUCCCCUGGAAGGUCAAUCGUUGUUGAUUCUGAUCGCUGAUCUUUAUAAAAAAAAAAAGCUUUCAGAGUAGAACCUUGACUCGAUACCAUAUUAUCACAUAAAAUAAUGUUAGUAAAAAAAAAUUUGGAAUGAAAGAGCUCAGGUAAUUGAGCAAACAUCCUUUCCUCAUAUCGAUUGGAAAGAAAGGAAGGCAAGAUAAAUAACUGGCUCAAAAACUCUAUAAAAAAUAGGUCGGUAACAGAAUUACACUGCCAUACCUGCCAACCAUUCCGAUUUUGGCGGAAUUAUACCGAUUUUUCGACCUCCAUUCCGAAUUCCGAAUUUUAAAACCAAAAUUCCGAUUUUUGGGUUAAUCAAUAUAGUGUUGAAAUUAUUGAAACGGCUGUAUAAUGCGACUAACGCAUGCACAGCUGUAAGAUGCGACUAACGCAUAAACGACUGGAGCGCACGGCUACGCAAAUGCGCUAGCUACACGAAAUACACAGAGAGCGACUUUAAACGGCGCGCGAACACUGCUAAGUGCGCAGUUCCAUUGCAAAUACAUGUGAAAAUUAACGAGCAUACACGCAACGGCAGCACUUAGGGCGCUACAUUUUGAGGUGUUGUCGUUAGCGUUGACUUCCGGAAAAAAAUGGCGGCUGACAUUGGCUAGCGAAAGAGCCAGUUUUUAGUGAGGACAUGUUUUCACAAUCCACGAACAUCAGAAAAACCGUGAAAGAGUAACCUUUUUAGACCCCUUGUUUCCUAACUACGAUGUUAAGAAUCACCGAUGGUGAUAUUUUUUACGCAAAACAAGGUGAUUUAGGUAAGAAAAUUUCACUUUUUAUUUGAGGUUUUUGCCCAUGUCGCCGGAUGUGGGAGUGAGUUAGUGAUGUAUCGUACAUAUCUAGAGUGUGUUGGUGAUUACAGUGGUAUAUCGCUGAGUCUGCUGAUGAUAUGAACGGCAGGUCGUUGAACACCGGCCGCGCCCCCGCCCGGCCGCGUACCAACGCAAUUAAGUUAGAUCUAUCCCUACGCAAUUUUAACAUUGAUCUGUACUCUAUUUUUCGAAUAAUUGUCAAUUUUUUGAGGAAGAAAGAUGAAUAACUUUCGAUCUCGGGUUGAGCCUUCGGAGCCGAACGCCAAAUCUACUUUACAUGUUUCGCUUGCCUAACCAUGCCUGAACUCCCAGCGCCCGCCCAGUGGCUGCGCCUCAGCCUCCCCGUCUUUUACCGGCGCACCGCAAGUGCAGUGGUGGGUGCGGGUCGGGCGCAUGCAGCCGUUAGUUUCGGCUCCGUUUUUGUCAUGGUUGAAAAUCUGCUUUCUUCUACCAACAAGCACUUAUCAAAUGUAGGUUAUGAUAUAACUUUGUCCUCAGUCAGUAACCCCUGUGUGGUGAAAUAACAUGAAUAAGACAAUGUCAAUGUUUGGCUUAUUUUCUCUUGAUGCAUGAUUGAUAGGCUGGAUAAUAAAUGUUUGAUUUUUUGGCUUGUCAGUUUUUAAUACAGUACUGUAGGGAUAACUUAAAUCUAAAUUCAUCAUAAAAUCUUGAAAUUAUUUAUUUGUCUAAUUGAAAAUAGAAUGUGUGGAGAUGAAGAUCUGCAUCAAUCUCACUUUCCACCAAUAGAGGGCCUCACAAAAAUAUGCUCAAAAUCAAAGUUUUUAGAGAGCUCUGAUGAACAAGAAAAAUUAUCCCCAAGUGGCUAAGUCUAUAUAGAUAUAUCACACCUGAAUGAAACUGGGUGGUUUAUGUCACAAAAGUGAUAUUUUAAAGAUCUUUUUUUAAAUUUUUAAUUGAUAAAUAAAGGUAGACUCUACAUGUAGGUCAUCCUCUGGUGUGGUAAUGAGGGUAAAUUUACUUUUAAAAGUGUAGGGAAAUGCUACUUUUACAUGCUGAAAAUGCAGAGUCCCUAUACCGUUGGAGCGGACCGGACACCCGCUCGGCGCCCUCGGAACUUUGAUACUGAUUUUUUAUUAUCAAAGGUUGGCAGGUAUGCACUGCCAUUGUGGAAUUGCACAGAAACAUAGAUUACUCUAUGCUGAAGCCUUAAGCUGAAUGGUAAAUGUAACCCCCCCCCCCCCCAAGAGCAUGUCAACAUUCCAAUAACGAUUAUAUGAAUGUGUAUUGCCCUAAAACUAAUAAAAGAUUUAUGAAAUUGAGCAUAUAAAUUAGAAGUGUGUUUUACUUUAUUUUUAUUUUUUUUGGGGGGGUACCCGUAAUUUCAAUUGAAAAUUCAUUUUGAUUUGAACAUUUUUAUUUUAUUAAAGCUUCCCUCAAGAAUGCUAGUGGGGGAAAAUUUUAGUCGCGCCUGCAUAGCAGAGCGAGUAUUUAGUUUAGGCGCCACUUUUUUGACGGCGGCGACUGUCAAGAUUGAAAUCUUAACCAAGGAUAAAUUUCUUGAAAUGUCAUAACUUUGAUAUGGACCUAGUUCAUGAAACUUGGACGUCAGUGAAUAUCCUGUGUGAGAUUUCAGUCACAUGACCAAGGUCAAAAGUCAUUUAAAGUCAAUGAAUUUUGGCCAUGUUGGGGGUGUUGUUGAAUUGUCAUAACUUUGAAAAGUUUAUGGAUCCAGUUCAUAAAACGUUGACAAAAAGGUAAUCAAGUAUCACUGAUCGGCUUGCACAAGCCUCUGGUCACAUGAUCUAGGUCAAAGGUCAUGCAGGGUCAAUGAUCUUAGUAUUCUACUAUCAUAUGAAUGGUGUUUUGGGGAAUAAUUAUUAUUCAGUAGUUAUCAAAGUCAGCACUGCUGCUAUAUUGAACUGCGUUAUGUAGGCAAGACUGCUAAGAGUGUUCCACUUGUUGGGUAUAAUCCUUGCCUUUAGCUGUCUGAUAUCCGAUCAAUGACUUUUAUCAAAGGGCCAUUUUGAAAAAUAGAAUCAUUACUAAGAUAGGGUACUAGAUAUUUUAAAUCAAACAAUCAAGAAUCAGAAGUUGAGAAAAAAAAUUGACAGCCACUUCACAUAUUUAAGAUUAGAAUGUUUGAUGACUCUCAAGUAUGAUUUCCAUUAUCGACCCUUUCCGCAAGCUCAAGACAGGCUUUAAACUCUUAAACUCAUCUGAUAUUACCUUACAAUUUUCUCAAUUUUGUUUGAUUUAAGUGCAAUAUUGUGCUUUAGUUGAAAUACAAGGUGAAGACUAGCAAUGCCUGUAUCUCGAACCAUAGAUCUUGUCAUAUUGCACAUGUAAUUGCAUGGACAUGAACUGUUGCGAGUGAUUCCAUUUCAUUGGUUAAACUGUAACCUUCAGGCCUUAUGUGCUUAUCGAAAUGGCAACAACUUAAAUGUACAUGUAUGCUGUUUAACAUGAGACUUCAGGUAGAACACAAGCUAGUAUAAUUUUUGUUACAAUUAUACAAUGUAAUAUUUCAUGAAUGUUUAGUAUUGCCAAAGUUUAGCACUUUUUCAUUUGUUUGGGAUGAAAUGAGUGGAAAUUGAAUAUUGAUUCACAAAAUCAUUGUUUAUGCAAUUAUAUAAUUGUAUUUUGAUGUAUAAUAAAAAAAAAAUUAUAUGUAUUAGUAUGUGAAGGAAUUCAAUGUAAAAAGGAUGAAACCCUUUUUAUUUUUUAUUUAGAAUAAGAGAUGAAAAUUUCACAAAGAAAGUUUCCAAAUCAUUUUAUAAUGAAUUGACCAGUUUGAAAGCUUGCCCAACAUUACUGCAAGUAACCUAUGCAGUCAUCAAGAAACACAUGUACAAUUUUCAAUAAUCUGGUAUUUACUGUAUAGGUUAUAUAUUUUGCAGUGCACAAGUACCUUAUUUUCAUGAAACUAUGAAACUUGCAUUUGAAUAUUUGCAAAGCUUUCCCUGAUAUAAUCCUAUGAAGUGAAGGAGAACACAAUGAAAUUGGAAAAUUAUACUUCUGUGAAUUUCCAUCUCAAAGCAAAAUGUCAGUAAUAAUCUCUACCCUAUAUGUGUAACAAAUACAGUAUUUGAUCAUUUUUUUGACCUUAUGCAAAAAAAAACAUUAUUAGUACUUUGGCUUCAUGAACAAAAUUUUCUGCAAUUUAUUCCCUUUCAAUAACUUAAACUGAUUCUGAUUGUAUAUUGUUUUAAAUAAUGCAUUUAUGGGAUUCGGUACUGUCACAAUCCUCCCCCCCCCCCCAUGAAUUGCAUAAUUUUACAUCAUUUUACAAAGUGAAUGGGUAUUUUUUCAUGUUUUUGUAGCUUUAAAUAGAAAUUUGGUGGAAACUUAUAGACAGAUGUGAGCUGCCACCCGGACAUCAUUAUGUAAUCAGAGCAAUGUGUCUGAAGUAAAGCUGGGUAAUUUAUAUUACAUAGAUUGUGUUUUUAUUCAAUUUUAUGAUGUUAUUUUUCUCUCAGUUGUACAAGGCCAGCCUUAAUGGUAGUGCUGCAUCGUGAAUCCUGGAGAUAAGACUAAAUGCUUGCUUGCUUGACACAAACAAACAAGCUAUUCUGAAGAUAGUCAUAAUAAUGCUCACUUUGGGCCCUGUAACAAGGUUUAGUAAUUGAUCUUGUGGCAGAUUUCUACAAUGGAUUGCAUUGAUUAUUGUGUAUAAUCAAUCUUAAAAGCCGGCCCCACGAUCCAUCGCUAAGCUUCAUGUUACAGGGUCCUGAUUUGCUCAUUUCCAUCUAGUCUUGUCUCUGUUGUUGGUGUUUUAGGAAAGUUUUCUUUGGCUUAGAUUUGUGUUGUUCCCAUAUGCCUUGUCUCUGUAUUAUGACAAACUGAAAAUAUUUCCAUAUUUAUAUGAGAAAAUGUAGUUUCAAUUGAUGGUUAAUAAAAUGUAUUUCAAUUCAA